AUGGCCUCAGAACACCGUAACAACGGAACGCCGGGACAGACGAACGGCGAAAAGCAUGCACUGGCAGAUACGGCUGAUGGUGUUGAAUUUGACGAGCAUGGCGGUAUCUCACAAGCCGCCCUCAGCGAGUCGAGCGCUGUAAAAAUGCGACGUCUUGUCGUGUUACUAGGUAGCCUCUGGCUCGGGACUCUGCUCAUGGCACUCGAUGAAACCAUGAUCGCUACAAUUGCGACGCCUAUUGCCAGCUCUCUAUCGGCGACAUCAAGCUUUUCAUGGAUCACAACAGCCUAUGUCAUCGGCAGCACCGUGUCACAGGCUAUUAGUGGUCACCUGGCCAACGAAUACGGGCGCCGCAAGGCUCUUGCCGUCAAUUAUUUUCUCUUUUCUUUGGGUACACUAUUCUGCGGUCUAGCGACGACGCAUCUGCCGCUGUUCUUGGUGGGCCGCGCCUUACAGGGUAUUGGCGGCGGCACCAUUGCCUCAAUUACAUCAGUCGUCGAGACGGAUCUUAUUCCUGCCCACCAACGCGCCCUCAUUGAGGGCCUUGGCUCUAUGCUCUAUGGCGUUUGUAUGGCCAUCGGGGGGGUAUAUGGUGCUGCCAUCAAUGCCGCUAUCGGAUGGCGGUGGGCCUUCUUGAUCCAGGUCCCUAUCAUCGUCCUAGAUGGUACCGUCGUCUUCUGGUACGUCAAGAUUUCAGACCAACGCGCAAACACAAGUGCCCACCGGCGCCUCGACGUCGUUGGCAUUACCACCUUGAUUGCCACAAUUGUGCUGUUGCAGUUCGGACUCAACCACGGAAGCGCCACCUUCUCCUGGGCCGACGUCGGCACCAUCGCCCCUUUGUGCUUUGUCGUACCCUUCUUCUCCCUGUUUUUAUAUAGCGCAUACCGUACCGAGAGCCCCGUGGUGCCGAUAAGGGCUUUGAUGCAACGCAGUGUCGGCUUCAUCCAGAUUACUACCUUUUUUAGCACAGGCUGUUUCGUUAGUUCUAUGUUCUAUGUGCCUCUCUACCUUCAGGUCCUUGGCCUCUCUGCUUUUGAGGCUUCCCUUCGACUUAUCCCUUUGGCAGUUGCCUUCGGGGCCUGUUCUGGAGCUGCUGGUUAUCUUGUUGUUCGUUUACGACGAUACUAUCACCUGAACAUUCUUAUGUUAUCCAUUGCUACAGUGGGCUACGGUCUCCUCUGCUCGCUGGGUCCAGGCUCGUCUUCCUGGAAACCAUACCUGUUCCUUGGCAUCAUCGGUGUUGGCGUUGGAGGAACUUACGUUACAAAUCUUAUGGGAAUUCUGACGUCUGUGUCUGAGGAAAACUUGGCAACAGUUCAGAGCGCUUCUUGGGCAGUUCGAUCCAUUGGUGUGGUUAUUGGUUUGACGGUAUCAUCGGCCAUACUCCAAACUACUUUGCACCAAAAGCUGGAAGCAGUUGGUAUGAAGGUCCAACUAGACAACAUCACCGGCCUGGAUACUGUGCCACUCUCCGAAGAACAGAACGGAUUUGUUAUUCAAGCGUACAUGAGUGCCCUUCGAUAUGUUUUCUAUUUUCUUCUGGCGCAGGGACUGGUGUCCAUCCUCCCUAGCCUCUUUAUUGAGAAUAGGAAGAUUCCAAAGAUUGAAGACUCCAGCUAA